AUGGGCCUCGCGGGCACAACUGCGCGUAGCACCCUCUCGUCGAGACAAUAUGCCACCGGUCCUGGCCAAGACAAGAUCUUCCAACACAUCAAGCUGGACAAGGAUGCCCUCAACAAGACCAGUGCCAUCAUCACCCAGCCCAAGGCCCACGGUGCCUCGCAGGCCAUGCUGUACGCCACUGGCUUCACCGACGAGGACAUGAACAAGGCCCAGGUCGGUAUCUCGUCUGUCUGGUACUCGGGCAAUCCCUGCAACAUGCACCUGAUGGACCUCAGCCACAAGGUCAACGAGGGAGUCCAAAGAGCUGGACUCAAGGGUAUGCAGUUCAACACCAUUGGUGUCAGUGACGGCAUGUCCAACGGUACCACCGGUAUGCGCUACUCGCUGCAGUCUCGCGACAUCAUCGCAGACUCUGUCGAGACCGUCAUGGGCGGCCAGUGGUACGAUGCCAACAUCUCCCUCCCUGGUUGCGACAAGAACAUGCCCGGUGUCAUCAUGGCCAUGGGAAGAGUCAACAGACCCUCCAUCAUGGUUUACGGAGGUACCAUCGCUGCUGGAUGCGGCAAGAUGACCGACGAGAGACUCGACAUCAUCUCCGCUUUCCAGGCUUACGGCCAAUUCAUCACUGGCGAGAUCAACGAGGAUGAGCGCAAAGACAUCAUCAAGCACGCCUGCCCUGGUGGUGGCGCUUGUGGUGGCAUGUACACUGCCAACACCAUGGCUUCCGUCAUCGAGGCCAUGGGUAUGUCCCUUCCUGGUUCUUCAUCCAACCCUGCCAUGUCCAAGGCUAAGCAGCUCGAAUGUUUGGCCGCUGGUGGUGCUAUCAAGAACCUCCUCAAGGAGGACAUCCGCCCCUCCGACAUCAUGACCCGCAAGGCUUUCGAGAACGCCAUGACCGUCGUCAACAUCACCGGUGGUUCUACCAACGCCGUUCUCCACUUGAUCGCCAUGGCUCACUCCGUUGGCAUCACCCUUACCCCUGAUGAUAUGCAAGCCGUCAGUGACCGCACUCCUCUGCUUGCCGACCUCAAGCCUUCCGGCAAGUACGUCAUGGCUGAUCUCUAUGACAUUGGUGGUACUCCCGCCAUCCUCAAGUUCCUCCUGAAGGAAGGCGCCAUUGAUGGCAGUGGCAUGACCGUCACCGGUAAGACUAUGGCUGAGAACCUCGAGAAUGUUCGAGACAUGCCCGAGAGUCAGAAGAUCAUCCGUCCCUUCAGCAACCCCAUCAAGAAGACUGGUCACAUCCAGAUCCUCUACGGCAAGAUCGCCCCUGGCGGCAGUGUCGCCAAGAUCACUGGAAAGGAGGGUACUCAAUUCACCGGCAAGGCCAGAGUCUUCGACGGCGAGGAUGGUCUGAUCGAGGCCAUUGAGGGUGGCUCGUUCAAGAAGGGCGAGAAGACUGUUAUUGUCAUCCGUUACGAGGGCCCCAAGGGUGGUCCCGGUAUGGUUGAGAUGUUGAGACCUUCUUCUGCUAUCAUGGGUGCCGGUCUUGGUAACGAUGUUGCCAUGCUGACUGACGGACGCUUCAGCGGUGGUAGUCACGGUUUCCUCAUCGGUCACAUCGUCCCUGAAGCUCAGGACGGUGGUCCCAUCGCUCUCAUCAAGGACGGUGACACCAUCACCAUCGAUGCUGAGAAGAGAGUUAUCGACACUGAUGUCAGCGAGGAGGAGAUGCAGCAAAGAAAGCUUAGCUGGAAGGCACCCCCUCUCAAGUACCAGAAGGGUACCCUUUACAAGUACGCCAAGAUCGUCCAGGAUGCCAGCCAUGGUUGCAUCACGGAUGCAUGA